UUGAGGUUUUGAUUUGAACCACUCAGAAGUUACUCUAUAGUAUAGCAUCAAAUCAUUGUUACUUUGAUGUAUAGAAUUUUAAACGUUUGUAAUAUAAUCAUAUAGGAAUCCUAUGACCGGAUCUAACCAAAUUAAGACUAGCCGAUUAUCGCAGUUUCGCUCGAAUAUCUUUCAUUACGCUUCGCAUGAAAACGCUUUCCAUAUUUCCUGCAACAUUGUGUGUAUCCUACAGUCCAAACUCGGAUUCUUGCUAGAGACCAACACAAAACCAUUUGAAAAGAAGGCCGUGCAUAGAAUUCCGAGUGUACAUUUAGCCUAGCUAGUUUAGGAGAAAAUAGUGGUUUACCUGGAAUACGCCAACCACCAACCAAUUUCUGUUUUGGGAGAGCACGUCAAGCUACUAAAGUAUUUCAUGGAUUUUCUGUGUUUCAGGACACUGUGCUGUAAAGGACCACCGACUCCCAGACCAGAGUAUGACCUGGUGUGUAUUGGACUCACAGGCUCGGGGAAGACCAGUCUACUCUCCAGACUCUGCAGUGAAGCCACAGACAACAUCGGGCCAACUACGGGUUUUAGCAUCAAAGCUGUUCCAUUCCAGAAUGCCAUUCUAAAUGUGAAGGAACUCGGAGGAGCAGACUCGAUAAAGAAGUACUGGUCGCGGUACUACCAGGGUUCCCAGGGAGUGGUGUUCAUCCUGGACAGUGCCUCCACAGACGAGGACCUGGAGUUGGCCCGCACUGAGCUCCACUCUGCCCUGCAGCACCCCCAGCUCUGCACCCUGCCCUUCCUCAUACUGGCCAACCACCAGGACAAACCUGCCGCUCGCACUACACAGGAGAUAAAGAAGUAUUUUGAGCUGGAGCCUCUGGCCCGAGGGAAGAGCUGGAUUCUAGAAGGCAGCUCAGUGGACAACAUGGAUGCUGUGAAACAGAGCUUCACUCAGCUCAUUGAGCUGCUGGAGGACAAGGACCAAGACACAGGCAGGAUAUGAGCUGGGACCUAAACUAUAGGGAACUACAAAUCCCACAGGACCUGCUGAGCCACAAGAACUACAAACCACACAGGUCCCACAGGACCUGCUGAGCCACAGGGAACUACAAAUCCCACUUGGGUCGACAGUUAGACCCCACAGGAGCCACAUCCGAGCUACAAAGCCCAUGGGAGGGCAUACCACACAGGCAGUCCAUACCACACAGGCAGUCCAUACCACACAGGCAGUCCAUACCACACAGGCAGUCCAUACCACACAGGCAGUCCAUAACACACAGGCAGUCCAUAACACACAGGCAGGCCAUACCACACAGGCAGGCCAUACCACACAGGCAGGCCAUACCACACAGGCAGGCCAUACCACACAGGCAGGCCAUACCACACAGGCAAGCCAUACCACACAGGCAGGCCAUACCACACAGGCAGGCCAUACCACACAGGCAGGCCAUACCACACAGGCAGGCCAUACCACACAGGCAGGCCAUACCACACAGGCAGGCCAUACCACAAUGGAGCAACCUGAUCACAGAGGAACCAUAGAACAUGGAGUCAUUCCCCUCCGCAGAGAAUCUAUGGGCUGCCAGGGUUGUAAUGGUUAGAGAAGUAAAAGACUACCAGCUCUCAAACUGUAGAGACCUGGUGGACUGAUUCCCUGAAAAGUAGUGCUGAGUGAUUAACUGAAAUGUCGGUUUAUUUUAGUUUUUUAAAAUAAUGAAUCGGUCAACGUCAGUUCAACUAUUUGAAUACCUUUUACUUCGUUGUUUUUCUGUGCGCUCAACGUGCCAUUUCUCUAGAGAGAUUUCUCUCUGGGGUAGGUUGUUCAACUCAUCAUACAGUAGUUACAUACAUAAAACGUGUUAAUUAAUACAAUGAGCAGAAUCCAUUGUGCCUACAGCUGCCUGUUCUCAUUGGUUCUUGCUGGACAAGCCUGUGGGUGGAGAUGAGAUGAUGACUUGGUAUAAAAUAAUAAGUCACCAAAUAUAUAUUGUUUUAUAUACAGUUGAAGUCGGAAGUUUACAUACACUUUAGCCAAAUACAUUUAAACUCAGUUUUUCACAAUUCCUGACCUUUAA